AUGGCAACAGCUCCUGAUAAUGCAAAGGAACCCACGGAAUAUACCAUACGUAAAAUUGCACUGUCCUACUCUAAGCUUUGUCAAUUGAUAUAUUUCAUCAACGACAAGGAUGGAGCAGGACUCCUGUGGAUGACUGUGUACAUGACCAUCAACGUGAUUAUGUCUAUGUACAAUCAGGUGUUGGAGAUUACUAACGUUGACAAUCGAGACAUUGCAGCAGCAGUUCUGCCGAUGGUGUGGCUUAUCAUCACAACCACCCGACUGGUUCUACUGACGGAGCAAUGCCACCGUAUUCAGGAGCAGAUGGGCAACACUCGUCAUCACCUGUCACGUCUGAAAUGCUCCUUCAGGGAUGUCGCCGUGUCCAAUGAGUUGGAUCUCUUCCAGAGCCUUACCGUGUUGAGGAGACCGACCUUCUCGCCCCAAGACAUGUUCACGCUAACCAGAACUUUCUGUACUAAGGUUUUUGGCGCAGUUGUUACAAUGGUAGUAAUCAUGGUCACUUAUGGAAAAGAAGUAAAAGGUUCCAGAUAA